GGGGAAGGAGAGGACACAGGAAGGAAGGGAGAGGUAAAAACGGAGCCUCGUAGCCCAUCGCACGGCGUCAGCGUCAGGCUAGAAAAGUGAGGGGGAAGCCCACCCCCUUGGGAGAGGAUUCGGAGACAAAGGAAGCUUCAUGUUCAAAGGGCCAGCAGAGAACAAAACUGAAGCAGCCAUGUCUGAGCUGGUCCCAGAGCCACGACAAAAACCAGUUGUACCAAUGAAACCCACAAGCAUUAAUGCCAACUUGCUGGGAUACAUCGGUAUUGACACCAUCAUUGAGCAGAUGCGCAAGAAAACCAUGAAGACAGGUUUUGACUUCAACAUCAUGGUUGUAGGUCAGAGUGGACUGGGAAAGUCGACAUUGGUGAACACCCUCUUCAAGUCCCAGGUGAGCCGCAAAUCCUCAGGCUGGAACCGGGAGGAGAAGAUCCCCAAGACAGUGGAGAUCAAAGCCAUUGGACAUGUCAUUGAAGAAGGUGGUGUCAAAAUGAAGCUGACAGUGAUUGAUACGCCAGGAUUUGGGGACCAGAUCAACAAUGAGAACUGCUGGGAGCCAAUCGAGAAAUACAUCAACGAGCAAUAUGAAAAAUUUUUGAAAGAAGAGGUGAAUAUUGCAAGGAAGAAACGAAUUCCAGACACACGAGUGCACUGCUGCCUCUACUUCAUCUCACCCACGGGCCACUCCCUGCGGCCUUUGGACCUGGAGUUCAUGAAACAUCUCAGCAAGGUCGUGAACAUCAUCCCAGUAAUUGCCAAGGCUGACACCAUGACCUUGGAGGAGAAGACCGAAUUCAAACAAAGAGUGCGCAAAGAGCUGGAAGUCAAUGGGAUUGAGUUUUACCCCCAGAAAGAAUUUGAUGAGGACUUGGAGGAUAAAACAGAGAAUGACAAAAUCAGGCAGGAAAGCAUGCCCUUCGCAGUAGUGGGCAGUGACAAGGAGUACCAAGUGAAUGGCAAGAGAGUCCUGGGCAGGAAAACACCUUGGGGAAUCAUUGAAGUGGAAAACCUCACUCACUGUGAAUUUGCCCUACUUCGAGAUUUUGUCAUCAGGACCCACCUUCAGGACCUAAAAGAAGUGACCCACAACAUCCACUAUGAGACCUACAGGGCCAAGCGGCUGAACGACAACGGCGGGCUGCCCCCCAUGACUGUCGAGACAGAGGAGAACCACGAAAGUAACCUGUGAAUGACCCCCCCCCACUCCACUGUCACCUGGUGUCUCUGGAUAUGACAACCCACCCCUGCUACCCCUGACUACUGCGGGCCUGUCUCCGAAGCAUGUGGCGCAUCCCCCGGGUGCGAGCGUGAGUGCGUGUGCGUGCGUGUGCCCACCUCUGUGCCAGAGAGGGGACAGAGGUGUCUCCCCAUCCUGCCCAGAGUGUCCUCAUUCUCCGUUUGUUUUUUGCACAGUGGACUGUCCGUCCUCUUCCCUUCCCUCGUUUCUGUGUCUCAGCUGUGUGUCUUGCCUGAGGGAAAUAGGGAUGGGGGGAAGGAUUUCUAGGGGCAGGCAGGCUUCAGAGGUGGGAGGUAUGGGGCGUGCUGUGGUUCUGUUUUGAUCACACAGCAAGAAGAGACUC